AAUCUCCAUCUGACUCCGAAACAGAGCUGUGUGCCAAACAGCCAACCUGCUGCUGCUAGCCCUCCCUGGCAGCUCGCUCUCAUUUCACCUCAUUCUCUAGCUAGCUAAUGGUAACAACAUACUCUGUGCUGGUCCAGAGAGGGACAGAAACAUACAGAGAAUGGGAAGGUUUCUCCUGCUCACUUGCUGAUCUAUUUAUCUGCAUGGUCCUUCUGUCCUUCUGAGAGAGAGAGAGAGAGAGAGGGAGGGAGAGAGAGAGGGAGGGAGGGAGGGGAGAGGCAGAGAGAGAGAGAGCAUCUCUGGAACAAGUGGAAGAGCCAGAGUGCGAACAAGCGAACUGCAGGGAGGGAGAAGGAGUGCAUAGCAACGCGACUCCACGAUGAAGAACCAGGAGCACCAUCCUCAGAAGCCCGUGAUUCCAGACUUGCUAAUGACUCCAAGCGAUCAAGGAGAUGGUGACCUGGAGAUUGAGUACCCUGAAGACAGAGGGAAUUGGACAGGCAAGCUGGAUUUCCUUUUGUCCUGUAUUGGCUACUGUGUUGGACUGGGGAACGUCUGGAGGUUUCCAUACCGCGCUUACACAAAUGGAGGAGGGGCAUUCCUUGUUCCUUAUUUCAUCAUGCUGGCGAUCUGUGGGAUUCCCAUCUUCUUCAUGGAGCUGUCGCUGGGCCAGUUCUCCAGCUUGGGGCCUCUUGCUGUUUGGAAGAUAAGCCCUCUGUUUAAAGGUGUUGGCAUGGCCACAAUCCUGAUUGUCUGCUUGGUGGCCAUUUACUAUAACAUGAUCAUCGCCUACGUUCUCUUCUACCUCUUUGCCUCGCUGACAAAAAACUUGCCCUGGCAGUACUGCGGCAACUGGUGGAACACAGACCUGUGCCUGGACCACCACAUCAUGCGCACGGGGAAUGGCGCUGUCCCCUUCAACAUCUCUAACACUGUCAGCCCAAGUGAGGAAUACUGGAGUCGUUAUGUCCUGCACAUCCAGGAGAGCUCGGGGAUUGGCGAUCCUGGGAGGAUCCGCUGGAAUCUAUGCCUGUGUCUUCUCCUCGCCUGGGUCAUUGUGUACCUAUGUAUCCUAAAGGGAGUCAAAUCCUCUGGCAAGGUUGUAUAUUUCACAGCUACCUUUCCUUACCUCAUCCUGAUCAUGCUCCUGAUUCGAGGUGUGACCCUGGAAGGAGCCUGGUUAGGAAUCAAGUUCUAUCUCACGCCACAGUUUGACCUGCUACUGUCUCCCAAGGUGUGGAUUGAAGCAGCUUUACAGAUCUUCUACUCUCUUGGGGUAGGAUUUGGGGGACUUCUCACCUUUGCAUCAUAUAACACCUUCCACCAGAACAUUUACAGGGAUACGUUUAUAGUUACUGUGGGCAAUGCUAUCACCAGCAUCUUGGCUGGCUUUGCCAUCUUCUCUGUUUUGGGCUACAUGUCCCAAGAACUUGACGUCCCUGUUCAGGAAGUUGCCAAAGCAGGUCCAGGCUUGGCAUUUGUGGUGUACCCACAAGCCAUGACAAUGCUUCCUCUUUCUCCUUUCUGGUCUUUCCUUUUUUUCUUCAUGCUGUUGACUCUUGGCCUGGACAGUCAGUUUGCCUUUCUAGAGACCAUUGUUACUGCGGUGACAGAUGAGUUCCCAUAUUACCUGCGGCCAAAGAAGGCUUUUUUCUCAGCCGUCGUUUGUAUUGUGAUGUUCCUGAUGGGGCUCAUCCUCACAACAGAGGGCGGGAUGUAUUGGCUGGUGCUGCUGGAUGACUAUAGCGCUGGGUUUGGACUCAUGGUAGUGGUCAUUACCACCUGCUUGGUGGUGACACGUGUCUAUGGCAUGAAGAGAUUCUGUCGUGACAUUCAUAUGAUGCUGGGUUUCAAGCCAGGGAUAUACUUCAAAGCCUGUUGGUUGUUCCUGUCUCCAGUGACAAUGAUGGCUCUGCUGGUGUACAGCAUCAUCAAGUAUGAACCAUCAGAGUAUAAUGGGUCCUAUCGUUUUCCAUUCUGGGCUGAGAUUCUGGGCAUCCUGAUGGGAAUCAUCUCCUGCCUGAUGAUCCCCAUGGGGAUGGUUUUUGCUGUGCUCCACGAGGAAGGAACACUCUGGCAGAGAAUCCAGCAAGCUAGCAGGCCAACCCUGGACUGGGGUCCUUCCCUGGAGGAGAACAGAACUGGCAUGUAUGUGGCUACUCUGGCAGGCAGCCAGUCACCUAAACCUUUGAUGGUCCAUAUGAGGAAAUAUGGAGGGAUAACCAGCUACGAGAAUAUAGCCUUUCAGGUAGAUAAAGAGAUUGAAGAGGAUGAAGAAGAGUCCAUGAUGUGAAUGAAGUGGCAGCCUCCCAGCUCACCACCCAUGUGGGGGGAGGUGGAGGGAACGCAAGGAAGCAGACAACUGAACUUUUGCACAAAGUUGCACUUUGGCACUUCCAGAUGCAUUUAGCAUCUCAUAGCAGUGAACUCAGCAUAACUCUGCUGAGAAUCCCAGUGUUGUUGAGGUUUCUGUUUGAUGUGGGAAGGUGUGCAAUGACUCUGUGUCUUGCUGCUCUAAUGUCUAGGACAGGUCACUUGGAUCCACUCAUGUUUUCCCUUCCUCACCGAAGCAGUGAUAAAUUCCUCAGGGUCAGGGCCUAGCAUCCCAUAAACUAUCUUCUUCCUAUCUAAUCUAUCUCCCCACCCCCUUGAUGGUCACCUAGCUAUUUGUUUGCAGUUUUUAGCCUACAUAGUUUCACUCAGAAUAGCCCUCCCAAAGCUGCCACUACGUUCUGUGGCCUAACAACUAAGUCAAGGAUGGGGGACCCCUCAAGCCUGGGGAUCAAAUGUGGCCCUCCAGGCCUCUCUAUCUGGCCCUUGAGGCACUCAUUGGGCCACACCCCUCUUUAGCCCUGCUUUGCACUUUGAAAAUGCUUCUUGCUUGCCACUUGCCAGGGUAGAGGACAGGGAGAGAUGUGUGAGCAUGUGUAGAAAUCAUCCUACAUGUAAACACAAUUUGUAUAAUCAUUGGAAUGUAGGGUUGUAUCCAAUGCAGAGUAAACCCAUUGAAGUUAAUGGGCAUUGCUAGCUUAGAUCCAUUCAUUUAAACUUAGCUGGAUAAAACCCAUCCACUGCCUGAAGUACAGAGUGGAGGGGCAGACAUGCAAACCUUCUACUAUGUCAGACAGUUUGUCCAUCUCAUUCACUGUUGUCUACAAUGUGUGGCAGGAACUCUCCAGGCUCUUUCAGAUGGGAUUUUCCCAGGCCCACCUGGGGCCUUUUGCAUAGAAAGCAUGUUCUUUACCACUGAGUUACAGACACCUCCUCUCCUUUUGAGGAGGAGCUAUCACAUACACUGGACUUCGUUUUGUAUGGCCAUAUGUGCCCUAAUGCCACACACUACCUAAAACACGUAGUGGAGGGGCACACACGCAAACAUGAUAGGUGGGUGAGUGGCUGAAAUGGCCCAAAGUACCGUUUGCUCUUCAGAUUUCAAAAUGUAUUGGGUUGGCAAUUUUGCUUGUGAGGCUUAAAUUGCAGUUUUAUGCUUGAAUCAGUGUCUAAUGGGAAUGUAAAAAACAAACAAACAAGCCUACAAGAAUGACUAGAAUGUGCAUUCUAUUUAGCUUCUGAAUUCUAUCCCCUCACACCACUCAAAUGUUGCAUAAGUAGCAGGAGGGAGGAUUUAUGUGCACUUUGGGUCCUAUGCAUGAAAACAGCCUCCUAUAGCAGGGGUUGGCAACCUAAGGCCCAUGGGCCGGAUGCGGCCCAAUCUCGUUCUCUAUCUGGCCCACGGACGGUCCGGGAAUCAGCGUGUUUUU